AUGCAUUUCGACAACUCUUCGCCAAAUUUGCCAGUCGUUCUGGGAGACCCUUCUAUCUCAAACUUGAAUGAAGCGGGUAGAUAUUACCUUGAUUAUUAUAAUGGUCACAUAUGCAAGCUCUUCAUCGUGUACGACAGCGAAGAGAACCCCUUCCGGAGUCUAAUUGCUCUUGCUUUGGAAGACUCUAUUCUCUUACAAUCAGUCCUUGCUCUAGCAGCAUGUCACAAAGCCAACACAGGCCGGUCCUUUCAUCAGUCAGAAAUGACGAGGUCUGUCGAGACGAUAAAGGCCCAACAGGACGCACUAUCUUUCAAGUGCCGCGCUAUGAAAGAACUUUCGGGUGCUCUCCACGAAGCGAUCUUACACAGACGAGACAGUACAGUGGCUAGCAUAUUCCUUCUGAUAUUCCUGGAUCUCUUAGAGUCCGGAAGUGAUAGAUGGAACUUUCAUCUUGAAGGCGCUAAGCGCUUGAUGUCAUCAUUCCAAGUGUCAGCCCAGCCGCAGAACGGAAUCAGCCAGGAUCCGGGCGAACAGAUUGAAACCCUUGGAGCAACCUUUGUGCGUCCAAAAUUAAUUUCCCAGUAUUCUUCCUCGGUCUAUCCAGAUAUAUCAUUACAAGAAACGGUGGAACGAUCCUUUCUUGGAUGCCCAGGAUAUCUGCUCAACGCAAUACAAUUCUUCUCGCUCAAGAGAGACAUCAUUGCUAGCUCGGAGCCGUUCGAUCAAGGCACUCUUACGGACCAUAUACAAGAUACAGACCGCAUGCUCGAAUCUAUACGGAAUUUCGAUUACUAUGCUUGGGUAUCCAGUCUGCCCCAGUCACACCAUUCACCAGAGCGGGACGUAAGUCGUCUUUGCAUAUUAUCAGAAUCAUACAAGACUGGGGCUCUCCUAUACGGCGAACGCGUCCUCGACGCUUUCGCUCAACGCACCACGGCGCAGGAUGACCUGGUCUGCAAAUUAAUCGGAUUAAUUGGUAUCUUGAAGGAUGAUAGGACUCUAUUAAAAUGUGCACUCUGGCCUAUAUGCAUUGCUGGCCUGGAGUGCCGAUGGCAAGCCCAAAGAGACUUUCUGAUUGGUUGUCUGGAGAAAUUCUGGGAGGACACGAGUUGUUUAAACGUGAUCAAUGCUGCCAAGGUAUUACAGACAUACUGGCGACAGAUCGAUGGGCAGGGAGGUGACUCAUCGCAAUGGAUAUUCACUAUAGGUUGCUUGGGUGCCGAUUGGCUCCUUAUAUAG